GUCGGCCUCGGCAAGUCGAUCCAGUUGAUCGGGCUCGUCCUCUCGAACCCCGCGCCGCCGGGCUGGGCCGCGGACGCGCUGCCCGCGACGACGACGGAGCCCGUCGCCGUCAAGAGCACGCUCCUCGUCUGCCCGGCGGCGCUCCUGCCGCAGUGGGAGCAGGAGCUCGCGACGCACGUCAAAGAGGGCGCGCUGACGCGCCACCUCUUCGGCGACGGCGACGGCGCCGCGCCGGACCUCGCGGCCUGCGACGUCGUGCUUUGCUCCUUCGAGACGCUCCGCGACGAGCUCCGCAAGUGCCACUUCGACGAGGACGACGGCCUGCCGCUGUCGACGCCGCUGGGCGCCGUGGGCUUCUGGCGCGUCGUCCUCGACGAGGCGCAGCUCGUCUGCCAGACGACGUCGAAGGCCGCUUUGAUGUGCUCGGCGAUCCUGCGGCGCCACGCGUGGGUCGUCACGGGCACGCCCAUCAACCGGUCGCCGGACGAGCUCCACGGCCUGCUGGCGUUCCUGGGCGUCGCGCCGCUCAGCGACAAGCACGUCUUC